AUGGCAGUGGACAGAGGAGCAAACAACAGGGAAGCUAACAUUGUAGCAUUCACUGGAGAUAUGGAGGUGGACGCAGGAGAUAACAUGGAAGAUGUUUCGGCAGAAGAUGAAGGCGAUGAUGCCGAUUACGACUACAAUGGCUGGGAUGAUUAUCGUUCCGGCCCUAUUGGUGGCAGAGUGUGUGGUAAAUCGGCGUCGGGUAGGAAUCAACGAUCACGUGGAGGUGGAUCUAAAUCAAACAAAAACGAUUCGAACCGGAGACGUUCAAAUCCUUUUACCGAUGGAGGAAGCGAUUAUAUAUCAACCUCCAGAUCGUACACCGAAGUAACAGAGACAGAUGAAGGCGUUGAUGUUGUUCUUGUGACGCCCACUAAAUCGAAAAACCAGCACACACGGGUGACUGGAGAUAACGAUGAUGUUGAUUUUGUUGACCCUCCUAUACCACCGUCAACCGCAUUUAAUGGUGGAGAACCACACUCCAAAAACGUAGAUAAUGUGAGUGUUACUCCUCCAGACAUUGAGCCUUCGCAGAAUCAAGAUGGUGUGUAUAAUGAAAUGGAUGGAAGGAGUUGCCAGCCUCUUGACAUUGACUUCAGCAAGGAGGACGGUGACAUAUACGUCGGAAGAACGUUCAAAGACAAAGCGGAUUUUAAGCUGAGGCAUUGUAAAACGCGUAUCACGGCGAAAUGCCACGAAAAGGAAUGCACCUGGAGAGUAUUGGCAGUUCAACUCGGUGAUUCUCCAACUUAUCUUGUUAAGAAGGCAAUUCUUAACCAUGUAUGCGCAGCCGAUGUUCGAGGUAGGUAUAGAAGACAUGGGACAGCCAAAGUGCUUGCAGCUCUGUUGCGCUCGAAAUACGAGAGGCUCUACUCUGGACCGCGUGCUAUGGAACUUCCAGAUAUAUUGCGAAUGGAAUUCAACUAUACAUGCUCGUACUGGAAAGCUUGGAAAACUAAGGAACUAGCCAUUGCGUCUGCGCAAGGAACAGAGGAGAUUUCUAACAAGAUGCUACCACAGUACUUCCAUGUACUGAAGCUUGCAAAUCCUGGAACAAUUACCGACAUUAAAACGGAAAUGGAUAAAGAAGGAAAAAUAAGGUUCAAGUAUGCAUUCAUGUCCCUGAAAGCAUGCAUCGAUGGGUGGAAGCACCUGCGUAAGGUCCUAGUGGUGGACGGCACCCACAUGUUUGGGAAGUACAAAGGUUGUUUGCUAAGUGCCAGCGGACAAGAUGCUAACAGCCGCGUAUUCCUGAUUGCUUUCGCAGUAGUGGAAAGCGAGAACACCGAAUCUUGGUCAUGGUUUUUCGAGAGGUUAUCUACUAUUGUUGAGGAUGGUUGUGAUUUAAGUAUCAUAUCAGAUAGAUGCGCUGCCAUUUUUGCAGCGAAAGAGAAAUGGUACCCUCGUGCACACCAUGGUAUUUGUCUCGUACACCUUCAGAGGAACGUGCAGGAAAAGUACAAGGGGUUGCAACAGAAGGCUAUGGUUGGGAGAGCAGGGGAAGCAUUCAAAGUUUCAGACUUCAACGAGAUAAUGGAUCUCCUUAAACUCACGGAUUGGAGAUGCUGGGAUUAUUUGGAGAAAAUCGAUAAGAAGCUUUGGACACGUUCACAUUUCGAAGGGGAGAGGUUCAACGUGAUGACUUCUAAUGCUACUGAAUCGUUGAAUAACGCUCUUUUGCCGGUUCGUGAUAGUCCUAUAAUGGCAUUGCUAGAGUUUAUUCGGCGGAAGCUGUGUACAUGGUAUGUGAGCAGACGCGGGGAGAUCAGUAAGAUGAAGGGAAAUGUUCCAGAUAACAUUGAGAAAAUACUGGUUGAACAGCUUGUGCUGUCUACGGGCCUUCUAGUUUUGCCAUGUUCCACUUGGGUAUUCAAAGUUACACACAAGGCAACUGGAUUCGGUGACACGGUUGAUCUGGAUAAACGAACUUGCACUUGCCUCGAGUUCCAAAAGCUUGGUUUGCAAUGCCGACAUGCCAUUGCUGCUGCUUCUUUCCGUAAUAUGCAGUACAUCUCGUUUGUUUGCAAACACCAUGUCAAAGAAAAUGGGCUGAAAAAGUUAGCGGUAUCAUACUUCCGGUUCCGGAUCCAAAGGAUGUUCAAGUGCCAGCAGAAAUACUAA